GCGAAUACUGCCUCAGAAGCGUCUCACUCCCUUCACAAGAGACAGUGGCAUCCAUUUGGACUCGACCUCUUACAGUACCACCACUGCUGCGUAGCGCCUUCUUCUGUUGGCAAUAUCGAACUCGUCCUUUUCAUCAAACUAUGGCUCGAGUGACUCGCGCUUCGCUCGCGAGAGCAACUCAAGAAGCGGCACCGCAGCAGCUAUCAAGCCCUCCGGCGACCCCUAUAUCCCGCUCAAAACCAUUACGUCAACCAAGAGUUGCUAUCAAGUCCGAAUCUCAAGUACUGUCACCCAAGCCGGUUAAAGCAUCACAGAAGAGGACUCGGAAGCCUAUCAAGCAGGAGAAAAUUGAUGAAAAUGAAAUGCCACACAAUCUGGGGACGACUUUGCCAGCACCUGGAGAUGAUUCCGAUGAGGCAAAACCAGCAAAGAAACGCAUAAAACGAUCGACUCCACCAGAAGAAGAAUCUUAUGUCAAAAUUGAAAGCAAGGAAGGAGCGACCCCAGCCAAGAAGACGCCCAAAAAGGCAAAGCAGGCAUUACAACAUGGAGUUUCGCCAUUCCCAGACUACGACCGACCAACACGGGCGGAAUGUGAGGAGGUCGUGCGCAUCUUAGAGAAGAAGCAUGGUAAAGUGAGCGUGCCCAAAGCCAUUCCACCACCAUCAUUAGAUGUAGCUGGCUGUGGAGAAGUCCCAUCUGUGCUGGACGCUCUUAUCAGGACUCGGCUGAGCGCCAACACUACCAACAGCAACUCCAGCACAGCAUUCCGGGGGCUCGUCAGUCGAUUUGGCACCCUCAAAGAAGGCAUCGGGAAAGGCAGUGUGGACUGGAACGCCGUUCGGCUGGCGCCGCAGCAGGACGUCUUCAAGGCCAUUGAACGUGGCGGCUUGGCCAAUGUCAAGUCCAAGGACAUCAAAAACAUCCUCCAAAUGGUCUACGAAGAAAACCAAGAGAGAAGAGCGGCGCUGCUAACCUCGAAUGACAAUGCAUCCGAAAGCCAGAGCGCGCCCGAGUCGAGCACUCAGACCGAAGAAAUCACCAAAGCUGAUCAGGAUGUCAUCUCCCUCGAUCACUUACAUCUAAUGAGCACAAACGAUGCCAUCGACAAACUCAUCACCUAUCCCGGAAUCGGGCCCAAGACAGCUUCUUGCGUCGCACUCUUCUGCCUCCAACGUCCCUCAUUUGCCGUGGACACGCAUGUAUUUCGCCUGGUGCAAUAUCUGGGCUGGGUGCCCAAGUCCACGAAAAAGGGUCAGCCCAAAGUGGACAGAAAUACGACGUAUUCGCAUUGCGAUGCCAAGAUUCCGGAUGAGUACAAAUACAAACUGCACUACUUGCUCAUCAAACAUGGGAAGACGUGUCCGAGAUGUCGAGCUGCAACGGGGCAGUCGAGUGAAGGUUGGGAUGAAGGGUGUCCGAUGGAACAUUUGGUGAAGAGGCACGGAGAGAAGAAGGGUGGUGUUUCUGUGGUUGCUCGUAAGAAGGCAAGACAGGACGCUGCGCAUGAUGAUGAUGAGGAUGGUGCUGUUGAGGAGGAUUCCCAAGCGAGCCACACGGAAGGCCUCGAGAGCCCCGAACUCAGCGAUCAUCCAUCUGAUGAAGCUUAAACAAUCGAGCAAGCAACCUGACUGCAGAGGCGAUGUGUUCCAUUCGAUAUUUCCAGCAUAUCCUGAUAUGAUUUCAAGGUCAACGAAGAGGCUCAUAUGGCAUCCAGUAACUACGCAUCGUAUUGGAAGACUUUAUAUUUAUGCCAUCAUCUUCGUGCAUUCGACGAGUCGACUUAUCAAUGGUGCACCGGGCAUCAUAGGAUGAACUUCGGGUCCUACAGGAAUAUAAGUGUAUAGUCAAACAGUUCCACCAGGUGUGCAUCACCUAUGAUGCAAUUCUCACACUUAAAAGACCACAACAUGGGAUGAGACCCCAGCCAGGCCAAGAGCGCGUGGGCUGUGAGCUCUUAAGUCGGGCUGAGGGAGGUCAGUAUAGGUACAGGUACCUAGUUGGUGUUCCUACGUGGAUGGUUACCUGUCAGGAAGUGGUAAGCGGCGGUAUCGGCGUGGGAGUCUUUUUGAGACUGGAUAUUGAUUUGACAACUUCAAUGUGGAAGGUUGGGGUAUGGUGAGUGUGCUGUUGGCGCCCUCUCCGCAAUCACCGUGAUUAGCAUGUUAUCCCAAAUACUUGUACCUAUCAUGUACCCUUCUUCCCUCGAGGCGACAAUGAGUCGUCAAUGACGCCGAAGCCGUGGUCCACGUUCAAAUGCAAUUCUACAGGGCGCUUUUGCACAAUCAUUUCGCCAUUUAGCCUUGUUGUAUGCAUGAAUAGAGAUGUCCGGCCACCCAUGACAAACAACAAGGUGGUACCGUUCAAUAGGUGCUCGUACCCGAGGUUUGUAUGUGUACUGCGCUGCCCAAGGAGGAACAAUACCGUGGUGUCGGCCAAUGCUGUAUAUCUAAGCAGAUGCACUUUUCCUUGCUAGGCUCUUUCGCGGAUAUGAGUCGUACUAAUGCCCCUCAGGUAAGGUUUGCGACAGCAAAGUAGCCCUUGUUCUCAACGACGCCUCGGUUCUUCACCACGGCGGUGUACUUGACCACCCAUUGCGGCUGUACCUCGCCACCCAGGCCUCGCACAGCAAGUUCGUUCUGGUCAUCGUCUAAAUGAGCGCUCUUUCGCUUGUCUCCGGUCUUUGCAGGCUCAGGUAGCACUCUAGCACCAUCUUGAAUGGGGCCGAGAAGGUCUCGCGUAGUACCACGAGGCAGAAUAUUCGAGCAGUCGUUGUGAACUAGUAGAUCCACGCUCUGACUCUUUGCGAGGGCCAUGAGCUCUUUGGGCACCGAGCAGCAGUCGCGGAGGUUGAUCUGAUCAACGCUUGGCUUUACUCUCACCUUGUUCAAGAACGUUUCCAGGCGUUCUUUGCCGAACUCUGCAACGCCCAGUCGUGCCACGGUGCCCUCCUUAUGUAAAGCUUCUGCGGUGUUCCAAGCAUCAUAUUGCCGCUCUAGAGGUUCGGGCUCGGCUUCCACCGGACCACGAGUCGACAGCUUGUCGGGACAAUCUUCUUGCUCGUCGAAGUAUAUGCCAGGGAAUGAUAGAAUCAACAAAUCAAUAGACGGCACAUGCAGCUGUUUCAUGACCAAGUCCAAUGCCUCCCUCGUUUGCGCGUCCCGCGAUGAACUCGUGCCGCCUGGCAAAUAGAACAGCUUGACAGUAAUAUCAUACUGUUCGCGCUCUUCCUGUAGCGCAGAAUGAGAAAAUUCUAGGGCGGGUACCUCUAGCGUGUCACCGAUUUUUCUCGUCCAGGGCGGAUAGUGUUGCACAGCAGGCUCGCUGCCAUUGGUCUGCUCACUGUCGCCGCUCGCACUGUUGGCGACAUUGCCUGUGCUGGAUGCGGUUUGCGCCUCACCAGCGUCGGAGUGCUCAGCGAAGUUGGCGCGCAGCGAAGACACGAGUUCGGUGUUGGACUUGGUGCCAGGCGACCUGCGGAUCGAGGACCCGGCGCCCAUGAUGUUAGAGGUGGAGAGAAUGAGCUUCAUCGUAAAGGAGGGAGGGGUUGAGUGCGGGAGUGGUUGGCGGCG